GCUCAAUACUAACUACCUCAAGUUAUUAUAGCUAGAAAACAAAAAAGAGAUAUAUUAAUGGCUUCUCGUUAUAGUUCAUUCAACUUCCUUCUUGUUUGCCUAUUUUUUCUCCUUAUGCUCAACAUGGAAGUACAAGUGGAAGGAACCAAAUAUUGCAAGCAAUACAGUGAGAAAUGGAGUGGAUGGUGUGGUGAUUCUAAGAAAUGCAAUUCAACUUGCAAACGUGAUGAGGAUGCACAUAGUGGUACUUGCCAUUUUGAUUUCCCUGGAAUGGCUUGCUUCUGCUACUUCCGAUGUGGCGCAUGAACCAAAACAUAUAUUCUUCCGUUCUUUUAAGUUUGAAAUAUACAUUUUAUUUAAUAUAACGGAGGACUAUUAAGACUUAUGGAGGUUUACAUCAAAUAAUACUUCGAAUGUUAAGUUUUAAGAAUAAAUAAAUGUUAGUUGUUGUUUCUAUAAUUAGUUAUUUUGUUAAGUUUUGUUUUAGUGUUGUAUGUGGUAUCGUUCUUACAUGAAAUAAAAAUGUAAUGGUGUUUCUUUCUUAAUAUGAAUUUUCUAUUCAAAGUGAAUAUAUAUAAUCAAUUAAUCGU